CUACUCUGGGGACCUGGAAAGCCUAAGUUUGUCCUGCCAGCUGACCCACUCUGUAUGAAAGGAAGGGAAAAGGAAGAAUGGGAAGAAAGGAGGGAGGUGCUGCUUGGAAGGAGAAGAGUGAAGAUUAAGGCCCAAUCCCUUCCUGACCAGAGCAGAAAGGACCCUUUCUGAGCAGCUCAGAAAUUGCCUCUAUGAUGCCCUCCUUUGUGGCAGGGCACAGAGAGGCAGCUGAAGCUCUCAGUGGUCAAGCCAGCAUCAGUGUUUGCGCAGUAGAUUUUUAGCCCCUCUUUUCCAGGAGGUGAUCUGUUGUGCAAGGCCUGUUUUCUGGUUCUUGCACCUGUGGAACUCUCGCAGUAUGUUAUACUUGUGUGGAGGAGCUGCUGCAGCCUCAAGUGUGUAGCAAGCACUGCACCGAACCACUGCUUUAGUUUGUACAGCCCCUUCUGACCCAUUUCCUUAUAUAUUAGCUUCCCUCUGUCAUGAUAAGGCUCUAAUGGCUAAGGCUCACAGUUAGGUAUGUAAAUGAAGAGGUUAUUGCUAAGCACUUUGGAAAAUCUGGCCAUUUUGUUAAGGUGCUAAAUGGAAACUGAGCUCUUCUGAAAAAUCUGCCUCUAAAUAAACUUGAGACAAAAAGGAUAGUGACACUUCAAAUGAACUAAAAGAUUACAGAUGACACUGUUAUAUGGAUGGAGACCAUUAAAAGAAACCUGGGACUAUAUGUCCAAUGCUGGGAUCCUCUCUGCACACUAACAGUGGCUAUGGCUGUUCAGAUCACUAUUAUGAGUCCGAUACACUCUUACAUUCAUUUGAAGUUCUGGCAAAGCUUUUGGAAUCUCCUGCCACUCAAGACAUCAUCUGUGACGUGGGAAUGCCUGUUAUGUGCAGAAAUGUUCGCUACAACUGUAGAGUCAUCUUUUUAAACAAGAAAAUUCUUCUGAUCAGACCAAAGAUGAUACUGGCAAAUGCAGGAAAUUACAGGGAACUUCGAUGGUUUACUCCGUGGAGCAGAGCACGGUUUGUGGAGGAAUAUUUUCUCCCCAGGAUGAUACAGGAGGUGACAGGACAGGAAACUGUUCCUUUUGGUGAUGCAGUGCUAGCAACCAAAGAUACAUGCCUAGGGAGUGAAAUCUGUGAAGAGCUGUGGGCACCAAAUAGCCCUCAUAUUGAAAUGGGGCUUGAUGGGGUAGAGAUCUUCACUAAUUCGUCAGGGAGUCACCAUGUGCUGCGGAAAGCUCACACCCGUGUGAAUGUGGUAAAUUCUGCAACAGCAAAGAGUGGUGGGAUUUACGUCUUAGCCAAUCAGAAAGGCUGUGAUGGUGAUCGUCUGUACUAUGAUGGUUGUGCCAUGAUUUCUAUGAACGGAGACACUAUUGCUCAAGGAUCCCAGUUUUCACUGAAUGAUGUGGAAGUCUUGGUUGCUACACUGGAUUUAGAAGAUGUUCGAAGUUAUAGGGCAGAAAUUUCAUGUCGUAACCUAGAGGCAAGCAAAGUGAAUUCCUAUCCCAGAAUAAAAGUGAAUUUUGCUCUGUCAUGUUCUGAUGAUAUAUAUGUACCUAUCUGUGAGCCAAUCCAGUGGAGAUAUCAUAGUCCUCAGGAAGAAAUCUGCCUUGGCCCUGCAUGCUGGCUUUGGGACUACUUAAGACGCAGUAAUCAGGCAGGAUUUCUCUUACCGCUUAGUGGUGGAAUUGACAGCUCUGCUACAGCUUGCAUUGUGUAUUCUAUGUGUCGCCAGGUUUGCCUUGCAGUCAAGAAUGGAAAUCAAGGUGUGCUGGCCGAUGUACGUAGGAUAGUGAAUGAUGAGACCUAUACUCCUGAGGAUUCCCAGGAAUUCUGUGGACAUAUCUUCACCACUUGUUACAUGGCUAGCGAGAACUCCUCCCAGGAUACAUACAACAGGGCCAAAUUGUUGGCUGAACAAAUAGGCAGCUAUCAUAUAAAUCUAAACAUAGAUGUGGCAGUGAAAGCCAUUGUGGGGAUUUUCAGUAUGGUGAUGGGCAGAUCUCCCCAGUUUCGUGUCUAUGGAGGGAGCAGCAGGGAAAAUCUGGCACUACAGAAUGUGCAGGCUAGAAUAAGAAUGGUCCUUGCCUACUUGUUUGCUCAGCUGAGUCAUUGGGCUCGCGGGAUGCCUGGCGGGCUUCUGGUGCUCGGAUCAGCCAAUGUGGACGAAAGUCUUUACGGAUACUUGACUAAGUACGAUUGCUCCAGUGCCGAUAUCAAUCCUGUUGGUGGAAUCAGCAAGACUGACUUGAGAAGUUUCAUACAGUAUUGUAUGGAAAACUUCCAGCUUACAGCACUCAGAAGUAUUAUAUCAGCUCCACCAACUGCAGAGUUAGAGCCCCUGGCGGAUGGACAAGUGUCUCAAACUGAUGAGGAAGAUAUGGGGAUGACCUACACAGAGCUCUCAGUCUAUGGCAAACUAAGGAAGAUGGCCAAGGCUGGACCUUACAGCAUGUUUUGUAAGCUGAUCAAUAUGUGGAAGGAGAUCUGUACCCCAAGAGAGGUGGCAUCCAAGGUGAAGCAUUUUUUCAGGAUGUACUCAAUUAACAGACAUAAAAUGACCACCCUCACACCUGCCUAUCAUGCUGAAAACUACAGUCCUGACGACAACCGAUUUGACCUGAGACCUUUCCUUUACAACUCCACCUGGUCCUGGCAGUUCAGGUCUAUAGAUAAACAAGUUUCCAAUCUAGAAAGUAAGGAAGGGAAACCUGUACUUGAAGAUGUGGACUGACUACUCUCCACUCCUAUACUACUGACUUAAUAGUGGUUCUACAAACACAACAUUCAAGGAUAGAGUAUAUUCUGAAGAUCAGCAUGGUUCCAGUGACUGAACAGACUAUAGAGCUGGUCUAUCUUUUUGUUACCAGUUAUAUUUGUAAUUAAUCAAACCCAAAUUAGUUUGGACAAAUAAGUUUCAAGCUGUAUUAUUCAUGAUUCUGAAUGGUUUGCUUCAGCUAUUCACUAUUUUGUUCUUCAUGGUGUGUGAUUGGUCACAUAUUUCACAUGGUCAUGGCUGAAACUUUUAAAAUGUAAAAAUAAAGAUUGGACUUUUGGGUUUUAAUUUUUGGAUAAUUAAUCAUUCAUGAUUCAUUAAUAUUUUCACAUAUACCCAAAGAUUGUCUGAAUACUUGGAAAUAACAAGUGAUAUGAUCCCUCCAAUCAUAGAAACCCAGGUCAGUACUUUUGUGUGAAAAUGUGUGUGCCCAUAUAAAAUUUGACUGGGCCUAAUGAAUGGUCUGCAUGUGAUUUUUAUAUAACAUGUUGAACUGAAAGCAAAAAUCUUUAUAGUCUCUGGCACAUGCUGCUGUAAAAAAAACUAAAUUUUUAUUGUGGAAUAAAUUCACAUUUUUAUAAUGCUAAUUGGCUCUGUUCUUAACAUUUUUUAGUUACAUAGAAUUAACUAACUCAUCUGGUUUAGUGAUUGGAACAGCAGAGGAGGUUCCUAAUUUAACAAAGGUAUUUGAGCAUGGGCCAAAUUUUACAUACAUGAGUAGUUUCUAAUGUGGCCCAGAUCAGCACUCCUAAGGUCAGUUUCUGGCUCUGCCAUCUACUUGCUGUGUAACCUUUGAAAUUCACUUUAAUCUCUGUGAGUUUCAGUUUCCUCAUUCCUAAAAUAGGGAUACUGCCUAGUUGAUACAAUGCUGAAUGCGCUCUGAGAUCCUCAGAUAAAAGGUACUCUACUAUUAUCUGUAAAACAUUAUUUAAAGGUGAGCUGUAAAUAAAAUUGGGCAUGUGCCCUUUUUUCCUGCUUUA